AUGUAUCUUGCCUGUGAUGUAGCGCGCCAAAUCCGACACUAUAAAGAUAACGGUCAGAAUCUACUGUCAAAAUAUAGGGUUCAGCGGCAAUCAGUUCGCUUUCUCCUGAUAGUGUUUCGUAGGACGGCCAUUAUUGAACAGGGUAUUGCCACAGCACGAUCGUGGAAUCGUGGAACCGGAGUGUUCCGUGGCGACGGCACGGCAAUGUGGCCGCCAUCCGUCGACGCUUCGUUUUUUUUCCGCCGCGCUCGUCGUGUGUGGUCGUAG